ACUAUGUGUAAUCCAUUCGGGCUCCUCUGAUGACGAACUGGGUAAAUGUGUUUACAUAUUAAUCGUCCGGACAUGAUGUGUAAUGUCACCUUGACAUUGAUGUGCAGACGUGACUGUGCUAGGGGUCGGGAAGGCUCGGUAUUCUCCAGUCUCUUGAUUCAUUCUUGAAUGAGCAGCGGCAGUGCAAGGGGAACUAUUAGAUUGGAACUAUGUCGAAGAAGGAACGUGCGCGACCUGGCCACUGGCAUGUGUCUGAGACUCCGGAGGGAAGGAUUGAAGACUGGCUGACGGAAUGGGAGAAGGGUCACUGGGACUUCACCUACACGGAGCCCGGUCCGAAUCUGGCGAAAUACUUCGAGAAAGUCACAGAUGGACGGAAAGGUCUGAAAAUCCUCCUUCCCCUCUGUGCCACGACCUACGACCUGAUCUGGUUCUGUGAGCGAGGACACACUGUGGUUGGCGCUGAUCUGGCCGAGAGCGCCGCACAACGGGUCUUCAAGCAGUACAAGCAGAAACCUAUCAUUGAAGACGUCCCCAGUAUCAACGGAAAACUGUACAAGAAUGAGACUGGCACCUUCAAAUUUUACGUUGGCAAUUUCUUCCAGUUCAACGAGGAUUUGGAAGGAACGUUCGACUUUAUCUGGGACUCUAAGGCUAUGUGUGCUGUUGACCCCAGAGACAGACCCAGAUACCUGAAUGUUAUCCGAAGUGUGAUGGGACCAAAGUGUACAAUGAUGCUGGAGUUCCCUAAGAAAAUAUUUUCAGGAGCACCGUACUGUUUCAGUGAGGAACAGAUAAAGGAGUUUUACGGCGACAUCUGCGACGUGGAGUAUCAGGACCAAUACGACUUCGACAUGCACAAAGCCUACCACGGGGACGUGGACGAAGAAGGGCGACCACUGAAGCAGGAAGAGGUGGAGGAAGAGGGUAAGGAAGAGGAUAAAGACAAAAUCAUCCCCUUACAGUCUUAUUGUCUGAGGAAAAGGGAGUGAUGUGGCUCUUCUCUCAGCGAGUUGCAAACUCUCCUGGAACCAGCAUCAACCAGGGUACACUCAGUUUUGUGGGCGUGGUGAGACUGAGUCUAAUCUCCGCGACUCAAACACAUCGUGCAGGCGGAUAUGCUUGAAACGAUGUCUCAGCCGACGAGUCUGAAGUCGUCAUGGUAGAGCAGACUUACAUGUGCUCUUUAAUGGGGGUCACCUCACAUCCAUGUGUUGGACUGUAUAACUAUAUAUUGUAGUAUAAAUCAAUCUAAUAAUCAGUUAUUACCCUAACUCGUAACAUAGAGUGUCUGAGUUUUACAUACGAUGCUAGCUGCUACCUUAAUACAAAGAGUGAACAUGUCAGCAGAUUUAAAAGAUAAGAUCACACAUCAUCGUUGUGACUAGUUUUGCCUUAACAGACACAUGUUGUUUGGUAACUGGUAUUUGCAAUUUCAUUUUUGUGACCAGAUAUACAGAGCAGAACUCUUCAUGUAAAUCCAUUUUGUUUUAGAAAUGCUUUUGUUACACAUGGCAUAUAAAGUUUAAUAAAACAUGACACAAAAGUUAUAUUUUAGAAAUUAAUUUAGAGUUGUAACACAUAGCAUAUAAAGUUAAAUAAAACAUGACACAAAAGGACA